AACACGCUGCUCGGUUUCAUAAUACAGCGAGGGAACGCGGCAAAUACACUCUGGAAGAGAAAAAAAACACAACACCCGCUGAAUCCGGGUUUAUUUUUGCUUAUUUAUAAUCAUUCGCCUCGGUCGGCAGCCUCUUUUGUAGAAGCGAAGUAAACCGACAGCUGUGUCAGGGUACAAACGAGGUCGGCCAUAGCCGAAUUUCUUGCCCUCUAAAGCGGGGAAGAAACUGGAUGCAAAGACCUGGAGGUAAACGUGUUAAUGUCUUGAAUAAAACAAAAACUAGCGAUUAUGGCGAUAUUGUGUAGUCGAAACUCGGUCGUUCGUUCUGUAACGGGGUAGGCUACUCGUGUUGGGGUAUUAACGGUAGUUUCCGCGCCGAGACCUCCAUGCGGCUGUUGACGGAACAGCCAGCCGCCUCUCUCGGUUAGCCAUCAGGGAUCUCGGUUUAAUAUCUCACCGUGCAGAGACUCGCCCUCUCUCUCCCCCUCUUCUCUCUCUCACAAAACUAGCCCAGAACCACCGAGGACGGAGCCCGGUGAACCCGCCUUCUUGAUCUAGCUUAUGCGCUUUUGGGUCGAGGGAAGGGAGUCUGCAACGCCCUGGCUUUAGUUUUAAGCUCCGCUUUCUCUGUUUGCAGUGCGCCAUUGGACCUUGUCACGAUACAAGACACAAAUGAAUGGAGUAAUGGAUCCAUCCACCCAAGGCCAAGUGUGGGCUCAGGAUGACCUAUUAAAACUGCUGGAGGGCAUGAAAGUGGCCCUGCCCCAGAAAGACCUGAGUAAGUACAAAACAUCAGAGUCCCACCUUGACUGGCAGAAGGUGGCUUUCAACACUUACACAGCGGACAUGUGUAAGCAGAAGUGGCAGGAGGUCUCUAAAGAGAUUCGUAAAUUCCGAACUCUAACAGAGCUUAUAGUUGAUGCCCAAGACUACAUCAAAAACCCUUACAAGGGCAAGAAAAUAAAGAAACACCCAGAUUUCCCCAAGAAGCCCUUGACUCCAUACUUCCGCUUCUUCAUGGAAAAGAGAGCCAAGUAUGCAAAGUUGCACCCUGAGAUGAGCAACCUCGACCUAACUAAAAUCCUCUCAAAGAAGUACAGAGAGCUGCCCGACAAAAAGAAGAAAAAAUAUGUUGACGACUUCUUGAGAGACAAAGAAACAUUUGUGCAUAGCAUGGGGAAGUUCAGGGAAGAUCACCCAGACCUUGUGGAGAGCAUGGCCAAGAAAGGUUCAAAUGUUCCAGAGAAGCCCAAGACACCCCAACAGCUGUGGUAUACCCAUGAAAAGAAGGCCUUCCUCAAGACACACCCAGAUGCGACCACCAAAGACAUCAAGGACAGUCUUGGCAAACAGUGGACGCAGCUCUCUGACAAGAAAAGGCUCAAAUGGAUCUCAAAGUCUCUUGAGCAGAGGAAACUGUAUGAGGGGACGAUGCGGGAGUACAUCCAGCAGCACCCAGAGUUAAACAUGACCCAAAACGAUAUCGUAAAGUCCACCCUGACGAAGGCUGAGCGCCACCUGAAAGACAAAUCUGACGGCAGACCUGACAAACCGCCUCCAAAUGGUUAUUCAAUGUUCUGUGCCGAGCUGAUGUCGAACAUGAAGGAUGUACCCAGCACAGAGCGUAUGGUGAUGUGCAGCCAGCGGUGGAAGCUCCUGAAACAGGGUGAGAAGGACGCCUACCAGAAACGCUGUGAACAGAGGAAGAAGGAGUAUGAAAUUGAGAUGAACAGAUUCCUGAGCAGUUUGUCUGAGGAGGAGCAGCAGCGGGUCAUGUCCGAGGAUAAGACCGGUUUUAAAAGGGGCACUGCAGCCAACAGUCCCGCCAACAAGAAGAAGAACUCAAAAGCAAAGGCCAGUCCAGAGAAACCCAAAAGGCCAAUUUCAGCCAUGUUCAUCUUCUCUGAGGAAAAGCGUCCCAAACUGCAGCAGGAGCGGCCCGACCUUUCCGACAGCGAGCUCACAAGACUUCUGGCCCGCAUGUGGAAUGAGCUGCCCGAUAAGAAGAAGGAGAAGUACAAACGUCUAGAAACGGUCCUGAAGGCAGAGUCGGAGAAGAAGGAGAGGGAGGACCGUAGUCGUUUACCAGAUCCACCCAAGACUGCCCAGGACAUCUGGCAGCAGAGUGUCAUAGGGGACUACCUGGCCAGAUUUAAGAAUGACCGGCCAAAGGCACAGAAAGCGAUGGAAGGGACCUGGAGCACCAUGGAGAAAAAGGAGAAAAUAAUGUGGAUCAAAAAGGCAGCGGAGGACCAGAAAAGAUACGAGAGAGACCUGUGUGAGAUGCGCUCACCUGCUGCUACCAUCGCCUCAGGGAAGAAGAUGAAGUUUGAGGGUGAACCCAAGAAGCCUCCAUCAAACGGAUACCAGAAGUUCUCUCAGGAGAUGCUGUCCAACGGUGAGCUGAACCAUCUCCCCAUGAAGGAACGGAUGACUGAGAUCGGCAGCCGCUGGCAGAGUUUAUCUCUGAAGGACAAGGACCGCUACAAGAAGAUCGCUGAGGAGAAGCAGAGGCAGUACAAAGUCACACUGGAGCAGUGGCUCGCGAGCCUGUCUUCACAAGAAAGAAACACUUACGUAGAAUAUAAUUCACAAAAAAGGAGAGCUCCGGCAAAGCCAGGCGGCCCCAAGGCCAAAGCCAAGAAAUCUGAAACAGAGGAGGAGGAUGAUGAUGACGAUGAUGACGAGCCGGAGAAGGCUUCCUCUGAAGCGGACUCAUCCAGCGAGGACGACGAUGACGACGACGAUGAUAAGGAGGAGGACGACGACGAUGAUGAAGACGACGACGACGAUGACGACGAGGCGGAGGACAAGGAGAACAAGUCGGAGGACAGCAGCAGCGAGUCAAACUCACAGGGGUCGUCAGACUCUGAUUCAGACUGAUGCAGCGUCUCCGUGGAGAUGAACUGAGCAGCGCUGAGCUGAGCCAAGAGUCAAGGGAGCUCUGCCACUGUGCCAACCCUGCUCUCCUCCCACCACCAGAGGGAGCCCUGCAUUGCCUCAUCACCUUUCGCACUCAUCCACUCUUAAGUUGCUGCGUUGGGGAUCUCCUUCUGGAGAGGACCCCGCCCUAGAGUCCAAAAUCAGUUUCAUUCCCUCCUCCCCAAGCGUGAUUGUUGUCCGACAGCACAGGCCGCCGAUGUUAUGCCAAAUACAGCAUCCCACUGGUUUGGCGAUGUGAACUUUUCUGCCGCUGGUUUAACCCUGGACUCACAGGUUCAUUGGUUUAAAGGUUAGAGUUUUAAUGUCGAGGAUGAUAAAUGAUCCUUCAGUGUUUAUUUUAUUGUUCUGGUAUUCGUUGACAGGUAACAUGAGUGUGUAAAGGCUUUACAGAGCCAAAGAACACAGUAAUGUGGAUCGCUUUAGAGAUGAUGGGGGGGGGGGGGGUGUGUGUGUGGGGUACUGAAAAAUUGCACUCUUCAGAAUGUUUCCAUUAUUUUAUUUUUAUUUUCCAGAACAUUGCUGCAGUGUUCCCUAUUCCUCUCAAUUGAUGAUGUAGAUUUUAUCAUUUGGUUCUAAAAAGGUGGUAUUUUUUUUCAGGAAAAAAAUCAAGCCAUUAUGAAUGUUAACUUUAUUUGUUGCUGGAAACUUUCAGAACUUGUUACGUACCAAUACUCUCAUUCAAAAUACAACAGUGCCUACAUAAAAGUAUUCACCCACUCUUUUGGACUUUCUCAUUUUAAUUAUAUUGUUUUAUAACAUUGAAUCAAAGUGGAUUGUAUGAUCGACUCCUUGACAGGAAUAUUCAGGCAAAAAUGGCCCAUUUCCCCACUUAAUCUGAGCAAACAGAACUCUCAGGACGGAAAUAAACUAGCACUAAAAACAUGUCUCAACAUUUGUAUUUUAAUGGAGUGCAAUUUCAAACAAUUGAUUAAUGUUAGUUUCCCCCCCAACUUAAAUUUUUAGAGGAAGCACCUUUUGCAGCAGUAGCAACUCUUUGUCUAUGUGGAUGUGAAUCAGCUUUGCAUAGAUGCAUCUCCCCUCCACUUCCUGCUCUAAGCUCUAAGCCCAUUCACAUCUGUGCCAUCAUCUUCAGUCUUUCAAUUGGAUCUAUUCUUCUUGUGUUACAUUGACCUAACUGUAGUCUCAAAACAAUCUUGUAUCUCUCCCCUGAGUUCUCGGUAAUGAAAAGUUCUAAACCAGUAAAUACUUGUGUUAUUUGUUGUUUUCUUAAUAGUAUGGUUUUAUUUACAGAAGAGUGUUCUCACUUUAACAUGAAGGAGUCUGUGUUACAUCCACUCUGCUACAGUGUUGCAAACCAAAAUAAAGGUGCAAAGGGAAGUGAAUACUUUUAAUAGGAACUCUAUUGUCAUGUGUACAUCAUUGAAGGUGUCAUUUAUCAAACUUCACUAACAUUUCAAGUACCGGUAGUACACAGAAACCCAUCAGUCUGCGACCGUUUGUGUGGACUGGAUGCCGGUCGUUAUUAUUGGCAGACCAGAUCCCUUUGACAGCAAAGGGUUAACAUUUGAUCUUCACAUUUCAAGCUAAAUCUGACUCUUUUAAAAAAAAAAAAAAAAAAAAAAAAAUUAAAUGUCAUACAUCUUGUCUCUGUGUCUUCUCUCAACCAUUGUUUUAUUUAGGUUUCAUUUUGUUUUUAAUUGUCCUCUCAUCCUUCUGGAGUCCUCUUACGGAUAACUGAAGGAACUAAAUAGUUCUCAUCCAAUUUUUGUUUUGAAAUUUUAAUGGUAUUGACGGUGAUCUCGGCGGGUUACAGUCUGAUGUUUAUCCCAAAAAAAAGUGUGCACUUAAUGUAAAUCUGUCCCUCUGUGUGAGUUUGAGGUCAUGCAUGCACAGUACUGUGUAUGUAUGAGGGUGUGUGUGUGUGUGUGUGUGUUUCUUUGCUUUAACGUGUGCUGUUUUUACUGUUCUGUUGUUGCAUACCAUGAUGUGAUUGCAGCGUGCAUGUUCGUGCCUGUGUGGGGACAUCUUACCAACACCAUGAAUGUAGAUAUUUUUUUUUUCUUCCAAAGGUCUUAAGAAUUUAUUUUCUGCUCUGCUCUGUUGUGUCAUCGGUCACCUGAAAAUGGUCCGAUGACGAGACUUCAUGACUGUCAUUUUGGGUCCAGAGGCAGAUGACAGCUAUUAGUAAUCUGUUAUUGAUGAACUGAUUUUGACCUUUAGGAAUCUUGUCACUGUCUGAAACAAAAACCAGCGUGGACUAUUUAAAUAAUUUGCGGCGGUUUCAAGGAGAGUGAAUGCUGUAAUUAAUCGAUGGGAGUUUGUAAAAGGGACUCGGGGAGUUGAAUUGCAAGAUGAAAUUGGGGUUAAAAAAAAAAAAAAAAAAGAAAAAUUGUAAUUUUUCUGUAAAUACUGUUUUGUAUUGAGUGCUUAUUGUUUCUUGUUAGUGCUUUCAGUUGGCAAAAUCCUCAUCUGUGACUUCUGAGGCCAGAAGUGAGUUUUUUUCACUCACGUGGGGAGAGUUUUUUCGGUUCUAUUCAGCUGUUUUUGUUGUUUCUUCUCUCUGUUCUGUUGGUUUAUAGAGAUAUCUAAGACAGCAAAGCUUUACAGAGUUUGUACUGCUGAUCAUUUGACAAGAUUUGAUGUUUUCUAUAGCUGAGGGUGUUCUUAUGUCCUUGUAGUUCAAGUCUUUGGGCAAAUAAAAAUUAAAAUCUUU